AUGGCGAAGGACAACCCUCAAAAGGGGAUGAAAGGGGAAAUGGACUUCGCCCUUUGCGAUUCACAAGAGAGGAAAGACGAUUACUUUGCUAACACUGUCACUGCCGCUGCAGUACUAGUGAAUAGUGAUCAUCAUGGAAAUGAGACGGAUCGACUAGCACAACUGGAAUUCAAGGCAAAAAUAACAUCAGAUCCCAACAGGGCUCUGAAACUUGGCAAUUUGCCAAGAUUUGAAUUCUUGUGGCUGGACAACAAUUCUAUUAGUGGGGAAAUUCCUGUAUCUGCUUGCUUUAAACUCUAUUUCUUGUCUUUAACUAACAAUAGUCUGGUAGGAAAGAUUCCUGAGGAGCUCAGUUCGUUGCCUGAGCUUGAGCAAAUCUUUGUUGACCGUAACAAUCUAAAAGGAGAUCUUCCUUCUUCUUUGGGAAAUCUAUCAAUUCUUCAUAGUUUCGUUGCAGCCGAAAAUAGUAUUAGUGGGAGCAUCCCAAAUAGUCUAGGUAGAUUGACAAACCUAAAAUCUCUUGCAUUGGGGGUGAACAGGUUGUUUGGUACCCUUCCUUCUUUAAUCUUUAAUAUCUCUUCUAUCAGGCAGUUUGACUUGGCAGAUAACCUUAUUCAAGGGAGUCUUCCCUAG